GAUGAUUAAAACCUAUCUGACACUGUUGCUACUAGCAACCUCGGCCACGUGUCAAAAAAAGUCAGCGACUCUGGUAUCUGCGGAAGGAGAAGCGCCUGCAAUAAAAGUGAUAAAAACCACAGGCUCGUUACUCACUGCAAUUGAUGUGUCGAAAGCUGAUUUGGACUGGGAACAGGUCACAUCACAGCAAGAUGAGAAUAAGAGCAAUCGAGAAAUUCCAAAAGUAAUAAGCGAGGAGUACUUGGCUGAAAAAGUAGAACAACCACCAAGCCCUGAAGCUGAAGCUGAGUUUCAACGCGGAAUGGCUUAUAUUGAAAGAGGAAAAGGUCAUGGAAGAGAAGGAAGAGUUGCAGCUCAUAGAGUAUUUGAAAGAGCAGCCGCACAAGGUCAUCAAGAAGCCAGAAAAGCUGUAGCGUUCUCACAGAUGUUCGGAGAUUAUUCCCGUUGGUCCAUUCAGGAAGCCAAGACAGUUUUCGAAGAUCUCGAAAAAAACGGCUCACCAGAUGCUCAACUUGCAUUAGGAUUCAUGCAUGGAGCCGGAAUCGGAGUGGAAAAAUCGAAUCAAGCAAAAGCUCUUGUAUAUUAUAUGUUCUCCGCUCUCGGAGGAAAUCCUCUUGCCCAAAUGGCUAUGGGCUUCCGGUAUAGUCACGGAGUUGGAGUGCCACAAAACUGCGAAACUGCACUUUCAUAUUAUCAAAAAGUUGCAAAAACUGUAGUGGAUAAUGUUAAAUUCACAACUGGACAGACAAUUCAACGAUUGAGACUAACCGACGAAACAGAUCCAACAAUCCAUAUGCAACCAGGAAGUGCACCACUGGAGAGUAAUCUUCUUGAGUAUUACAAGAUGCUUGCCGACAAAGGAGAUACAUCCGCUCAAUUGGGACUCGGACAGAUUUAUUUAGCUGGUGGACGAGGGCUCAAUCAAAAUUUCGAACUCGCCUUCCGCUACUUGUUAGCUGCUGCUGAGUCAGGAAGUGCCGAUGCAUUGACAUAUCUCGGAAAAAUGUAUUUGGAUGGAACUCCGUUUACGCCAAAAGAUUAUCAAAAAUCAUUCGAAUAUUUGAUGAAAUCAGCUGAUAAAUCUAGUCCUAGUGCACAGGCUGUAUUGGGAGCAAUGUAUAUGAAAGGAAAAGGAGUCAAGAAGAAUUACGAAAAGGCUUUGAAGUUGCUGACAUUGUCGGCUGAUAAGAAGAACGCCGAUGGACAAAUGUAUUUAGCAGAAUUACAUUACAAAGGUGUUCCAACCAACAAAGGAGUGCAUCGAGAUUUCAAGAAAUCUGUGAAACUUUACCAGCUUGCUUCUCAAAAUGGACAUAUUCUUGCCUACUAUAAUCUUGCUCAAAUGCACGCUGCUGGAACGGGAGUUCCACGUUCAUGUUCCCACGCGGUUGAUCUUUUCAAAUCUGUAGCCGAACGAGGAAAAUGGGGAGAACGAUUGAUGGAAGCCCAUAGCGCAUAUAAAGAUAAUCGAGUUGAUGAGGCCGCAAUGAAAUAUUUAUUCAUGGCUGAACUUGGCUAUGAAGUUGCUCAAACUAAUCUAGCCUAUAUUUUGGAUCGUGGAGAAGCGACGUCAUUGUUCUCGGGACCGAAAGAUAACAAUAUGGAAAGAGCGUUCCUCAAUUGGCAAAGAUCUGCAAAUCAAGAAUAUGCUGCUGCUCGCGUGAAACUUGGUGAUUACUACUAUUAUGGUCUCGGUACAGAAGUUGACCACAGUUUGGCGUUCUCAAACUAUAAAAUGGCAGUCGAUAGACACGGUGUUGCUCAAGCAAUGUUCAAUUUGGGAUAUAUGCACGAAGUUGGCGAAGGAAUCACUCGGGAUCUUUACCUGGCUAAACGUUUCUACGAUCAAGCAAUUGAGCAUAGUCAGGAUGCAUACAUGCCGUCGAAAUUAGCAUUAGCAAAACUAGCUUUUGUCUUCUAUUUGGAAGAGCUCAACAAGCUGCCAUUAAUCAGUUUUAUGGAGAAAACCGUUGGACCACGAUGGGAUGCUAUUUUGAUGACCGUUUCUGCAUUGGUUCCAUUAUUCUUGUUCUGGAGGCACCGACAAAAUGAUAAUUGAUACGAUUCUCUCCAAAUGUAAAAAAUGAAAAACAAAAUGCCACAUCCCUGUAAUUUAUUUAAUUAUCUUCCCUGCCCAGUUAAGCACAUUCCGCGCCUUCUUUUAAUAGUUGUAAUAUUCACAUCAGCCUACUCGGGUCUACGCUGUCCCUUCUAAUCAUCAAACAUUUGCCUUCUUUUGUGUUCGUGUUUCUUUUCUCUGUUAGAUGGUCCAAUUAGAAUUCCUCAUUUCGUGUGAUUUACUUGCCGAUUUUUUAGUAAAAAAUCGGUUUUUUUCUGAUGUACGGUAUUCUCAUACACUUUGAGUUUAAAACAAAUUUUAUUUC